AUGGAUUCGGAGCUUUUCGAGCGUGACCGGCAUGUGACGUUUCUGCAGAUGAUGUACCAGCUUCUGCCGUCCCCCUAUCAGAGCCAAGAAAUCAACCGCCUCACUCUCGCCUACUUCGUCAUCUCCGGCCUCGACCUCCUCAACUCCCUCGAUCGCCUAGUUGACAAGGAUGCAGUUGCCACCUGGGUUCUGUCAUUGCAAGCUCAUCCAAGAAGCACAGCCGAAUUGAACAAUGGACAAUUCUAUGGUUUCCAUGGUUCCAGAGCUGCUCAAUUUCCUCCAGAGAAUAAUGAUAAUGGGGCUUUAAAUCCCAGUGUCAGUAACCUGGCGAGCACGUAUUGUGCCCUAGCCUUACUUAAAAUCGUUGGCUAUAACUUGUCCAGUAUUGACUCUGAGUCAAUACUGACGUCAAUGAGAAAUCUUCAACAGCCUGAUGGGAGUUUUAUGCCUAUACAUACAGGAGCCGAGACUGAUCUUCGAUUUGUUUUUUGUGCUGUGGCCAUUUGUCAUAUGUUGGGAAAUUGGAGUGGCAUGGACAAGGAGAAAGCCAAGGAGUACAUAUUAAAGUGCCAGUCAUAUGAUGGUGGCUUUGGGUUGGUUCCUGGUUCAGAAUCUCAUGGUGGUGCAACAUAUUGCGGUGUUACAUCUCUCUGCUUAAUGGGAUUCAUUGAAGAUGAAAUUCUUUCUAAAAAUGCACCGUCUUCCAUAAUAGAUGUGCCAUUGUUGCUGGAUUGGUGCGUGCAGAGGCAGGCAGCUGACGGUGGAUUUCAAGGUAGACCCAACAAGCCUAGUGACACAUGUUAUGCCUUUUGGAUUGCAUCAGUUUUGAAGAUUUUAGGGGGCCAUAAAUUCAUUGACAAGAAGGCUUUACAUGGAUUUUUGCUAACUUGUCAGUCCAAGUACGGUGGUUUCAGCAAGUUCCCAGGGCAGCUGCCAGAUCUAUAUCACUCCUAUUAUGGACUUACGGCAUUCAGCCUCUUGGAAGAACCAGGUCUGAAUUCACUCUGUGUUGAGCUGGGAAUGACUGCAAUUGCUGCCAUGGGAAUCUGA